ACAGGCAGACUGCAAUUGGAUGUUGAGGACAAGAUGCCCAAUCUUACCUCUGCAUCUGAAUUUCUGCUCCUGGAAUUUUCAGAGAUCCGACAACUACAGAUCUUACAUUUUGUUGUAUUUUUGGCAGUAUACUUGACUGCAGUGACUGGCAAUCUUCUCAUCACCAUUGCCGUAGCCCUGGAUCAUCACCUGCACACCCCCAUGUACUUCUUCCUAACAAACUUGGCUGUUCUGGACCUUGGUUCAGUUUCUGUCAUAGUACCUAAGGCUAUGGCAAAUUCUAUCCUAAACACCAGGUCCAUUUCUUAUUCUGGCUGUGUAGCCCAGGUUUUCUUCCUUAUCUUCCUUGCAGGAUCAGAUUUUGCCAUUUUAACAAUAAUGGCACAUGAUCGGUAUGUUGCUAUCUGUAAUCCAUUGCAAUAUGAGACAAUUAUGCACAAAGGAGCUUGCAUUCAGAUGACAGUCAGUGCAUGGAUUGCAGGUAUACUCAACAGUAUAUUACACACUGGAGGAACCUUUGUCAUCACCUUCUGCUCCAACAUGAUUAAUCAGUUCUUCUGUGAAGUUCCACAGAUUCUACAACUCUCCUGUUCUGACAUGUAUCUAGUUGAAGUUGGAAUCAUUAUGUUUAGCUGUUGCCUUGGACUAGGAUGCUUCAUCUUCAUCAUUGUCUCCUACAUGAAGAUUUUUGCAGCAGUGCUGAGAAUCCCUUCCGUUCAUGGUCAGAAAAAGGCCCUCUCCACUUGCCUUCCCCACCUCACUGUGGUGUCUUUGCUUGUAUUUAGUAGCAUCUUUGCCUAUGUGAGGCCUCCCAGUUAUGCUUCAUCUGACCAGAAUGUUCUUUUUGCAAUAAUUUAUGCUGUUCUCCCUCCCAUGCUCAAUCCAUUCAUCUAUAGCAUGAGAAACAAGGAAAUCAAGACUGCAUUGCUGAAGCUCUCUGAUUUGAAAAAUAACAAC